GGAAGACAAACUGACCCAUGACUGAAGUUCCUCUCAGAGUAAAAACAGACACUGAUGUUUCGUCUCAGAGACUCGUCCUCCGGCUGCAGACAUGUUGUUCUUCCUCUGUCUUCUCUUCACUGGAGGAAUCUGUCGAAACGUCGCUGACGCUCGUAUCGUGACGGUUCUGCAGAACUCUGUGGCCACGCUGCCUUGUCCUCACACAGCAGGAGACGUGUCGUGGAGUCGCCUCAGAAACGGAGACCACGUGAUUCUUGUCACCAUCACAAGCGGCUCUGAGGACAGAAGAGACAAACGCUGUGGUUCCCUGGCCGAUAACUCGCUGGUCAUCUCCAACGUUCAGUGCUCUGACUCUGCUUGGUAUUUCUGCAACAGAAAACAAACGGUGUAUCUGAAUGUGACCACGGAUCCCAAAGAUCAGGCGGUCACACCAGGAAACGACGGACUGGGGUUUGUCCUCGAACCCGACCACAGCGGAACAGACUCAGAGAACACACAGUCCGACCUGUGGAAAAUACCCGUUGGCGCGGUCAUUGGUGCAGCUCUGGUGCUGCUGGUCUUAACCGUGAGGUUGUGCUCAGGAAGGACAGCAGAUAGAAACAGGGACCAACCUGAAGCUGAGGGGAUCUACGAGGAGAUCAGACCACCUGAUGUUGAGACUGUGUACAACUGGUCCAGUGUCACCGAGGCGACAGCAUCAAACAGGAACGUGUACAGCGCGGUGAACAAGCUGAAGGUCAAAGGUCACUGCACUGACACUGACUGUGUUUAUUCAUUUGUCCAGAAUCCACCACAGGCAGGAAACAACUGUUAACGUGAACGAUCCACACACACAUCUGGAAACGUCAUCAGUGUAUUCAGCUCUGAUUGGACGAAAGGACCUUAACACGACAAACGGGCCUUAACUUCUACAUUCUAAAAUGGAAACCUUAGAUCACAGGCACGUAGAAACCAAACGAUGGGUUUUAUCCGGAGUCUGAAGCUAAGUGAUCGUAUGAGUCCAUGUUAACGUCUCAGACUUUGUUCAGUGAAGCAGCUUUUUAUAGUUUUGGAACAAACUCCCACCACAUUUAUAAAAAAGAGCUUCUGUUGAUACUUUUAAUAAAUUUCAACCUUGUUUUAAUUUU